AUUACAUAUUAGAGAGCAGUGGAGGGGAAAGGGACCUGGGGGUCCUGGUGGACAGCAGGGUGACCAUGAGCCAGCACUGGCCCUUGUGGCCAGGAAGGCCAAUGGUACCUGGGGUGUAUUAGAAGGGGGGUGGCUAGUAGAUCGAGAGAGGUUCUCCUUCCCCUCUGCUCCGCCCUGGUGAGACCACAUCUGGAAUAUUGUGUCCAGUUGUGGCCCCUCAGUUCCAGAAGGACAGGGAACUGCUGGAGAGGGUCCAGCGUAGGGCAACGAAGAUGAUUAAGGGAGUGGAGCACCUCCCUUAUGAAGAAAGGCUGAGGGAGCUGGGUCUCUUUAGUUUGGAGAAGAGGAGACUAAGGGGGGACCUCAUUAAUGUUUAUAAAUAUAUAAAGGGUGAGUGCCAUGAGGAUGGAGCCAGGCUCUUCUCGGGGGCAAACAAUGAUAGGACAAAGGGUAAUGGGAGCCGGAGGAGGGGAUUGCUUUGGGGGCUUCAUCAGGGGUCUGGGACAUGCAGAGGCAGGGGGCCCAGCGGCUGUGUGCCCCCAAUCCAGGGUGCCCCCAUAGCCAUGACCUGGGUGCCGACAGCUGCCUCUGGCCAUUGAUUUCUUCGUUAUUUGCGUCCCCUUCGCUCUCCCGCCACGCUGCAGCGAUGCUGGUGGGAGGGGGCGUUAAGAAACCCCCCCCACCCAGCACCCACCCCUGUGCUGCUGCUCCUUCUCUCUAGAUUUAUAUAUAUUAAAUAUAUAUUUUUAAAAAAUGAGGGGAGAAAAGACCAUCUAGAGGCUCUCAAGGGCCAGUGCCCUCCCCAGCAGUGUGUGCCCCCCACCCUAGAAAUAAUACCUAGAAAAUUGUUCCAGUGCGAUUCUCAGGGGAGCCCCCGCUCCCAACACCCUGGCCCGGGACCCCCCUGACCCCCCCACCUCCGCCAACCCAGUCUGGUCUCUGGCUGUCCAUGGUGGCCGUGGCUUUCUGGGGGGCAGGGGGUGGUGGAGGCCGUGGGCGGUGGGUGAGGAGGGGGCAGCCAGGCGGGCUGGGGGUUGUGGGUGAGGAAGCGCAGUAGGGACUGAAGCUCCCGGGGGCACAGGCCAUGGAGGUGAUGGGGCUGAUGCUGCUCUGUGGCUCUCGGGGGUUCGCAGCUUGGAGAACGUGGCCAGAGCGUCGGGGAAGUUGGGCGGCGUGGCCGGUGUGUUGCUGGGGGUGCACAUCUGCGGGGGUGUCAGAUCGGCCAUGGAUGGUUUUUGGAGUCCCAACCUGCCAACUCCCCAUCACUGAAGAUCUGGCUGCAUCCCGCACCAGGGGAUGCUCGAAGCCGAGCUCUGGUGUCCUACUGAGCACUAGCACAAAGCCAAGAGUGUUGCUCAGCAGCACCAACCGCGUCUGCCAGGAAUUAAUCUUCAACAUGAACCAGGGGCAGCAGAAGGCAAUCACCAGCACCACAGACAGCAAAGGAGAAGUCUGCAAGAUCCCAUAAGGCUGGAAUAGACUGUUGGCAUCUGCUCUCCACGGCAAAACCGGAGGAGAGCGUAGAGGGAAAAGAAAUGAAAGUCAUUGACAGUGAAAAAUGCGUGGCGAAACACAGGAGGUUCUGACACAAGAAGACCCUCCCAGGAGCAAGCCAUGACUUCUGGAGCCAGCAUCUCUGGCCCGGGAUGAACGCUUGCCCAUUGCCGUGCGGCCACUUGGGGUGCAAAACUGGGGUUUGAGAGGGGCUGUUGCCCCCCGGUGUCUUGCUCUGCCUGGAGAUGUCUGUGCAGAGGUCCCUGGACAGGACGCCUCUUCCUCAGUCAGCGCUGGCAAAAACCAUCUGGGGACACGCUCCGUCCCCUGGAACUCUUCCUUGUGUGACUCGCAGCUCACGUGUGACAGCGCUGCUCCAAACUUGGCCAUCUCUAAGGACCGGCUUUCUUUGGGAUGUGGGGUUCACUCUCAGAGGAAUCAUGGCAGCCCUGCUUUCUGUGUUGGGGUCUCCCUUUCAGCUAUGGAGCAGCUUCAGUUUGCAGUGCAAAAGGAUCUUGCAAUGGCUGUGUAGCUAGCAGCAGCGUUUCUGAAGCAUCAGAGGAGAUGUCAGAGCCAUGAGGCUGAGGGACGGGACUCCCAGCACAAGAUUGCCCGUGUUUCAAAAGGGAGGCAGCCGUGCCAGCUGGAGAACCUCUCUCGCAGCUCCAUCCCCAGCAAAGAGCUGUCUCUAGAGCAGUUUGUGCUGCUUACGGGCAAGAUCAGCCUUUGCAUUUGAACCACCUUCUUGCAGAGGUGACAGGAAACAUCCUCUGGUUUAUGUCGUUCUAGCUGCAAAGGCCAGAGCAGUGUUCUUGAGGGAGCAAGCGAUGAGCACAUUUCCUGGUCAGCAGCCGCUGGCUCGUGCCAACGGUCAAGAGAGGCAGAAGAAAUCCCUUCAGAACAGCUCCCUCUCAAAAGACACCCUUCUGCGUGAUGAACCGCAGGGAAAGGCGUCCUAAACCAGGCACUUUGACCUUGUUUUCAGCCCAGGUUCCCAGUGCUGGUGCACUCGUGAGCCAGUCGCUGCCCAUCUGCCGCCAAGGGGAAUCGCCUCCGAGGCCAGCUGUGCCAUGGGGAAAGGAAAGGGUGAGACGUCGGGAGAGUUUCAUUUAGUGCACAACACGGAUAAAGCCAUUCUUUCUGCAAUUAAAACUGAGGGUAUUUAAUUGAGUGAAAUGAGAUUUCAUUCCCCAUGACCUGUCUGAUUGUACUUUGAAUCUGGGCACGGGCUGCAGUGACCUGCCACAACAUUUGAGGUGUCACCAGCUGCAUUGUGGGUGGUAAAGUGGGAAAGGCAGGAGGGAGCCUCAGCAUCUCCCAUCCCGUGGGUGACUUCAUCACAAAGGACCAGGGCGGCGCCCGCUGGCUCCUGGGGCGGCUGUUGCCAGGCAACAGAGACACUAUAUUGUCCCCUGUCACCUGUGCCCCUCGCCCAUUUGGUCACUGGCCGUGGUGGGAUCACUUGCCGUGGUGGGAUCACUGUGGUGGUGGACUCAUUUUGGCAGUUGGAUUGCUUUCGUGGUGGGAUCGCUAUUGGUGGUUGCAUCACUUUUGGUGGUAGGAUCGCUACUGGUGGUUGAACCACUUCUGGUGGUUGAACUGCUGUUGGUGGUUUUAUCACUUUCGGAACUUGGAUCUGUUUGGCGACUGGAUCACUUUCAUCACUCGGAUUGCUUUUGGCACUUGGAUCUGUUUGGUGACUGGAUCACUUUCUGUGGCAAGAAGGAGGAGGAGAAAGGCUGCUGGCUGCCCAUCCCUCCAACAUCAUCUCCGGACAGAAGAGCUCCCGUCUUCCCACAUCCAGUUCAGUGUUUUCGGGCAGAGCAGCAGCGAUGGCCACACGUGGACUGCUGGAGAUGCUGAACGCCGCCAUGGGGACACCCCAUUUGGGGGUUGUCGACUUGGUGGCACUGCACAAAUUGCUUGAGGCCAUCAUCGGGCAGCUGGGCCAGCAGGAGCUGUCUGUCCUGGAGCCAGGGCAGAGCCCGGCCCCCGGCCUGGCAAAGGACCAGGACAGCAAGGCCCAGCCUGGCCAGGAGAAGGAGGAGGAUGGAGCCCUGGGCACAGGGCAGCACCUCUGGAAACCAAAGCAGCAGCUGGAUGAGAAGGACACGCUGGAGGGGACCGGGAGCAACUCCAAGGUCUCCUCCGUGGCCAAGGAGGCCAUGCCAAAAACAACGGAAGAGGAGAAGAGAGAUGUCCCCAAGAAAAGGGCUUCGCUCCAGGACCUGUGGGAGGAGAUCAGCAAGUUUAAGGAGGCGCAGUCCAGCCUGGAACAGGACGUGCGGGAGAUGAAGGAGGCCAUGCAGGAGGCGCAUUCUGGCCUGGAACAGGACAUCCAGGAGGUGAAGGAGGCACAUGUCGGCCUGGCAGAGGACAUGCAUGCCCUGCAGGAGGCGCAUUCCGGCCUGGCGGAGGACAUCCAGGAGAUCCAGGAGACGCUUGGCCUGGAGGGUGGUGGGGGCCAGUCUGCCCCCGCUGAGCCCACCCAGGUGGCCAUGGACAGCCAGGCCAGGAGGAGCUCAGCACUGGAGCCAAAGGGACGUGGGACACAGCCUGGGAUGGAGACCAGCAAGGGGACUGCAGGGUCUGGCUCCCCGGGGAUGCAAGCAGGGAUACAGGGGCAACCAGCGACCCCUGUGAAGUUGUCAGGCGCUCCCUCCAUUCACAAGAGGUCUAUUGGUGCCAGCGCCACCACCCCGGGGAUGCAGCCAGGAUCCCCGGGCACCCAGGCCAGCACCUCCCUGGGGACACAACCAGGGGCCCCUGAUGCCCAGGCCAGCACCGCGGGGAUGCAGGCAGGAUCCCCUGGGACCUACACCACCACCCCUGGGGUGCAGCCUGGGUCCUCCAGCUCCAAAGCCACCAUCCCAGGGGAUGCCCAAGAGCCGGCCAAGCCCUGGGGCUCCACCAGCACCUCAAGCUACGAGUCGGAGAUGCGGGAGGUGCUGUCACAGGUUGGGCAGCUCGGCCAGCUCUGCGCUGGUCUGAAGGAACAGGUGGAGCAGCUUAAAUCUACAAAAGCAGAAAGCACAGAUCUUGAGGACGUGCGCCGGCUCUUCCCAAAGGGAGGCCGGCAGAGCAUCACCAGCAUCCUGGCCGACCUCAGGUGCCAGGUGUCCUUCCUGCAGGACAUGGCCAGGGCCCUCCACGGGGAGAAGGAGAAGAUCAGCAAGGUGGAGGAUACUCCCAGAAAGACGAGGGGGUCUGGAGCCGGUAGGAAAGCAGACGGCAGUGGCCAGAUGACCCAACAGCCACGGCCCAAGGGACAGAAGGUCAAGGCAGAGCGCAAGGAGCUGGGGAAGCAGCAGGAGCCAACCCAGGCCGAGCUGGAGCAGUUUGCGGCCAAGUACGUGAAUAAGUUGGUGAUGGAGGCAGCACAGCAGCUGCAGGCAGAGCAGGUGGACGAGCCGAGGACGACGGCGCAGAGCGGGGGACACGAACACGCAGGGUGCCACUUCUGCAGCCCGGACACCAGGGUGCUGCUGGGGAAACUCCUCCAGCGCUGCGAGAAGCUCGAGGAGCAGGUGGAGUCCCUGGUCCAGAAGGCGGGCAGCAAGGUGGAGAGUCAUCCGAAGUGGAGGAGACAGUCCCUGCAGCAGGACGAGCAACUCAAGUGCCUCCAGGCCAGCAUCAUGCAGCUACAAAAGGACUAUGAGAAGUUGAGCUCGGCCCUUGCAAACCUCCAGCAGGAUCGUCAGCAGAAGCAGAAUGACAUCAAGGCUCUGUCCCAGGCCCUGGGGAGGCUGGAGAAGAAGCAAGCAGACAAGGAGGAGAUGCUGGUGCUGGGAAUCGAUGAGAAAGCAGACAAAGCCGCCCUGGCUGACAAAGUCAGUCGCAGCCAGCUUGAGGCGUGCGAGGAGCGGCUGACCAAGAUGAUGGAGGAGGUGACGAGCCAGGUGACGGGCCAGGAGAAGGGCUGGCACCAGUUCCAGCGAGAGCUGCAGAGACAGAUGGACUGCAAGCUGGACCGCCGGGAGCUGGGGGCGUUCCGGCAGCAGCAGGAGGAGCGGUGGAAGAGCCUCAGCGGGCAGCUCCAGGAGAAGGCGCUGCAGGCAGAGCGUGACGAUGCCGCUGGGAUUAGGAAGCAGCUGCUGCCCGGUUUCCAUUGCCUGUCCUGCGACCGGCCCCUCAACAUGCUGGCACCUGGACCGGAGCGGACGGGCGAGUGUAGAUACCCCACUGUUCCGCGGAGCUGCGGAGGCCAACACACCGUCACGCCCCCGCGUUUCCAGCCCCAACCGCCCAGCACCCCACGGCCAUCCAAACCCAGUGCCCGCAGCCCCAACAAGGACGCGAUGCAGCUGUCGGGCCAGGACGGCACUGAUGGGAACCAGCAGGACGAGCAGCUCUCCAUGAUGGGGGGCUCUCAGCUGCCCACAAUGCCAAGGGCCACCCCAGACACCCCGACCUCCAGGAACCGGCCAAGCACCCGCUCCUCGCUGAGAUCAGCCGUGCUGCAGCACCUACCAGUCUCGUCUCCCAGACGCUUCACCCUGGCACCGCAGCUGCUGCCGCCCAUCCCGCCCCCCCGCCGUGAACCAACCCCCUGACAGCCGGGCAGGACGGGGUCCCGGCCCUGGUCCCACCGCCCCGGGCACUGAGCAGGCAGCGGCUGCAAUAAAUGGCGAUGGGAAACCAA